AGCCGUCGCUGGACUAUGACGCGUACUCUGCGCAGCGAGCGCGCUGGCUUUUCUAAGCUCUGUCGGGGCCUGGCCCACGCUUGGUGGCAGGAGGCUUCUCCGGCGUCCAAGGGAGCCGGUCCCGGAGCGCUCAUGGGGCUGGGGCCGCGCUCCCCGCACAAGGCGGGGCGUCGGUUCCCAGCUGGCGGCAAACGAGGCCGUGGGGCCAAGGGGUCGGGGCGCCCCCCACCAGGCCGCCGGCGACCGCCCUGCCCGCCUCCGGACGGGCGCUCGGAGCCGGCUCGGGACGCGCUGCCCCACCUGAGCCCCGAGGCUCUGGGGUACUUCCGCCGGGCGCUGUCUGCGCUGAAAGACGCCCCCGAGACCGGAGAAGAACGAGAGCUGAUGGUGCACAAUGUUUUGAAGGAGGUUGAGGCUCAGGCCCUAGCCUUGGCCACGAACAGGACUGGCAGUGAGAUGCUGCAGGAACUGUUGGGGUUCAGUCCCCUGAAACCGCUGUGUCGAGUAUGGGCUGCUCUGCGCUCCAACUUGCGCUUUGUGGCCUGUCAUCGAUGCGGGGUCCAUGUACUGCAAAGCGCUUUGCUGCAGCUGCCUCGGUUGCUGGGGACCCCUGCAGAGGAGGAGGAGGAGGAAGAGGAGGAUGGAGAUAGGAAGGAUGGUUCCUUAGAGACCCUGGAGGAGCUAGUCCUGGGACUCGCUGCUGAGGUGUGUGAUGAUUUUCUUUUCUACUGUGGAGACACACAUGGCACCUUCGUGGUCAGAACUCUGCUGCAGGUGUUAGGAGGGACUCUCCUGGAGUCUGAGAGAGCCAGGCACCGUGGCUCCCAGUCACCUGAAGCACAAAGGGCCCCAACUCGGGACUGUAAGCCAACUGAUUUCGAGGUCCCUGAAACCUUCCUGAAUUGCCUUCGGGACCUGAGCUCCUGCUUUCUGAAGGACAUUGCUGUGUUUAUCACUGACAAGAUCUCCAGCUUCUGCCUUCAAGUGGGCUUACAGGUCUUACACCGCAAACUGCCCCAGCUUUGUGCCCACCUCUGCAAUGCUGUGAUUGGCUACCUGAGUAGCCGCAAUUCUUCAGCAGAUGGCAGUCCCCUCCUGCUGUUUCUGCGGGAUCAGACGAGCUCCAGACUGCUAGAGCAGGUGCUGCUGGUGUCGGAUCCCCCGAGGCUCCAGAGCCUCUUUGAGGAUCACUUCCAAGGGCAGCUGCAGACCCUGGCUGCACAUCCUAUUGCCAACUUCCCUUUGCAGCGUUUCCUGGAUGCGGUCACUACCCCUGAGCUGCUAUCGCCCAUGUUCAAGGAGCUGAGCCCUGCCCUGGAAGCUGUGUUAGCCCAAGGUCACCCAGGGGUCGUCGUUGCCCUGGUGGGGGCCUGCCGCAGAGUUGGGACCCACCAAGCCCAAGUCCUGCAGCUGUUGUUGGAGGCAUUCCACUGUGCAGAGCCCUCUUCCCGGCAAGUGUCCUGUGUGCCUCUCUUUGCCACUUUGAUGGCUUAUGAGGUGUACUAUGGACUGAUGGAGGACGAGGGGGCAGUGCCUGCGGAGCACCAGGUGGAAAUGGCCACAGCCAGGGCCCUGGGGGAAGUGACGGUGCUUGGGUCUCUACUGCUCCAGCAUCUGCUGCACUUCUCCACUCCUGAUCUUAUACUUCGAAGUCUGGGUGCAUUGACAGGACCGCAGCUUCUGAGUCUGGCCCAAAGCCCUGCUGGUUCCCAUGUGCUCGAUACCGUCCUGAGCAGCCCCUCCGUGACGCGCAAGCAGCGCCGCCGUGUGCUGAAGACCCUAAAGGGACAAUAUGUAGCUCUGGCCUGUAGUCGCCAUGGCAGCCGUGUGCUGGAUGCCAUCUGGAGUGGAGCAGCCUUGGGGGCCCGGAAGGAAAUUGCUGCAGAGCUGGGGGAGCGGAACGAGGAGCUCUUAAGAGACCCUUUUGGCCACCAUGUGGCUCGAAAUGUGGCCCUGACUACCUUCCUGAAGCGGCAAAAGGCUUGGGAACAGCAGCAGGGGGCAGUGGCCAAGCGGAGACGGGCUUUGAACUCAAUACUUGAAGACUGAGGCCUUUGGAUCUGGGACUGGGUGUUGAUGGGGGAGGGGAAAGGGAGUAUCUAUCCUGUCCUCUUCCUAGUUUAAAUUGGAGUCAAAGACUUAUUGAUAAACAUUUUUAUAUUUUUA